GGGUCUGACUGCGUCUCGGAGCUACGCGAAACCUCUGUGAGCGAGGACGAUGACCGGGACGAAGAAGACCAGGCUUUUGUUUUUCUGUUCAAUGCUCGAGCAGCUGAAGCAGCUGAAACCUCCUGUCGCCUAAAAAGCGGAGCAGCUGGCGCGGACGGAGCAGAUGAGGAUGAUGAUGCUGCUGCCGCUGCUGCUGCUGAGGCUGUGGAGAUGAGGGGUAUUAAUAGGAGGGCUUGAGUGUCACAGGCUUUCACUGUCGAGACCGGGGGGCUUGGUGGAGAGUCGGUGGACCGGGUUUGGGGGGGCUUCUGAUUCAGACUGCGCAGUUGGAAUUACAAAAAAAAAGAAAAAAGAAAAGAAAAAAUAUAUAUAUAAACAAAUCAGGGACUAGUUUAUCUGAUAGGCAACAUGGACAUGCUGUCGGCUCUUAAUCUGGGCGAUUAUGCCCAAGCUUUCUCCAAAAUGGGAAUGUUUCCUGUGUUUGAUCUGGCGUAUUACAUCGUGUCCAUCCUCUACCUCAAAUAUGAGCCAGGCUCGGUGGAGGUCUCUCGCAGGAGUCCCGUGGCCUCGUGGCUCUGUGCCAUGCUCUACUGCUUUGGUAGUUACAUACUGGCAGACGUCAUGCUUGGAAGCAGCCCCAUCGACUAUUUCCAACACAACAGCCACAUCCUGUUGGCCUCGGCUGUGUGGUACCUCAUCUUUUACUGCCCGCUGAACCUCUUCUAUAAAUGUGUGGCUUUCCUGCCCGUCAAGCUGGUGCUGGUCGGCCUCAAGGAAGUGGUCCGCACUCGCAAGAUUGCAGCAGGUGUUCACCACGCCCACCACGCCUAUCACCACGGCUUCUUCAUUAUGGUGAUCGUUGGAUAUGUCAAAGGAUCUGGAGUGGCUCUUAUUUCCAAUUUUGAGCAGCUGCUGCGCGGUGUGUGGAGGCCCGAGACCAACGAGAUCCUCAACAUGUCAUUCCCGACCAAAGCCAGCCUGUACGGAGCCAUCCUCUUCACCAUGCAGGAGACACAUUGGCUGCCAGUCUCCAAGAGCACCCUCAUCCUCCUCUUCACCCUCUUCAUGGCCACAAGCAAGGUGACGAUGACCGCCCGACACUCUCACGGCUCCCCCUUCGCCCUCAUUGAGUCCUGGAUCUGCCACCUGCUGUUCGGCUCUGCUCUGGGCGGCGGAGAGGAGGAUCACCACCACGUCUCCGCCGCUGUCCCAUCCUCCCCUCACAAAACCAAGGAGGAGCUGAGCGACGGCUCCCGCAAGAGGAAGGCCAAGAAAGCCGAGUAGGACGCCGCGAUGUGAUCCACCAAUGAAACUGCAUCUGACUCGCCCUCAUUGCCUCUGCAUGACGGGACUUCCUGUUCCUUGAUUUAAGGAAAAGGGGCAGUUUGCUGUUUUGCCAAAUGAGAGCCUUUCUAUUAGAGCAGCUUGGUGCUUUCUGCAUUUUACAUAGCACGAGGACUCUGUAAAUACCACGGCGAAUGUUUCACACUACCUGGACAUUUUAAACCCGUUUUACUUAUGUCUCUGUGAACAUCUGUGCUCAGAUCUGUGUGGAGGAGCUGCGUGGUCGCCUUAGGAUGGCCUUCGUAGUUGUGUUACCAGGUGUUAAGUGGUUUCCUUUCAGCCCGCCUCAUCUUAUUUGAGUUCAGAAAGAAUCAGAAAGUGUAAAUUAACAUGAGUCUCAAUCAGAAAUUCAAAUGUGAAUAAAGCAUUAUGUGACAUAACAUGACUGCUUUUUACUGUGAGAAGACAACAAUUAUAUCUUUAAAUAAAAUCAAGACAAACACAG